UCUCCUCUUAAUUAUUUGUUGGUUUGUAUCAAAUGAUAUGGCCACAGUCACAGCAAAAUCCACCCAAAGUCGAAGACGAUAAUCUCCAAGUUACACUCCCUCGUUUCCUCCGUCCCCUUAAUUGUCUUGUUUCUGUCUACUUAUAUAACACCCCAUUUUAAGUUCUUCUUACUUUUAUGUCUCACUUCACAAUAUAACAUUAAACACACUAAGUUUCUUUUUGUUUUUUUUUUUUUGGUUGCAACGAGAAUAAUGUCUUUCACUGCAACCAAGUUUGCACACCCUCCUCUUUCUAUCAGUUCCAAUACACCCAGAUCCAAUGAAAAGCCUCUCUCUUUCUCCUUUGAUCUCUCCAGAGCCAACCCCUCUUCCUCUUUCCUUGGAUCCACUCAAAAGCUUCUUCGCUUCAAUGCUUUAACUAAGCCUCUCGCUCAACGACGUUCAUCAUCAUCCCCUGUUGUUGCUGUUCUUCUCAACCCAACCUCCAAUCUGCUUAUUACUAAAGAGGAAGGGUUGGAGCUCUAUGAAGACAUGGUAUUGGGGAGGUCCUUUGAAGAUAAGUGUGCUGAGAUGUAUUAUAGGGGGAAAAUGUUUGGUUUUGUUCACUUGUACAAUGGCCAAGAAGCUGUGUCAACUGGAUUCAUCAAGCUUCUGAAGAAAGAAGAUUAUGUAGUGAGCACCUAUAGAGACCAUGUUCAUGCACUGAGUAAGGGGGUCCCCUCUCGGGCUGUGAUGAGUGAACUCUUUGGGAAGGCGACGGGAUGCUGCCGAGGUCAGGGCGGUUCAAUGCAUAUGUUUUCAAAAGAGCACAAUGUGCUUGGCGGGUUUGCAUUCAUCGGUGAAGGAAUUCCAGUGGCCACUGGGGCAGCAUUUUCUAGUAAGUACAGAAGAGAGGUAUUGAAUGAGGCAGAUGCUGAUCAAGUGACACUGGCAUUUUUUGGAGAUGGGACUUGUAAUAAUGGGCAGUUCUUUGAAUGCCUAAACAUGGCAGCUUUGUGGAAAUUGCCAAUUGUGUUUGUGGUGGAAAACAAUUUGUGGGCUAUUGGGAUGUCACAUCUCAGGGCAACUUCAGAUCCUCAGAUAUGGAAGAAAGGGCCAGCAUUUGGAAUGCCUGGAGUUCAUGUGGAUGGGAUGGACGUUUUGAAGGUCAGAGAGGUCGCAAAGGAGGCAAUUGGAAGGGCUAGAAGAGGAGAAGGACCAACUUUAGUCGAAUGUGAGACGUAUAGAUUUAGAGGACAUUCAUUGGCUGAUCCUGAUGAGCUUCGUGACCCUGCUGAGAAGGAACACUAUGCUGGUAGGGAUCCCGUCACUGCAUUGAAGCAAUACAUAAUUGAGAACAAGUUAGCCAGUGAACAGGAAUUGAAGAGCAUAGAGAAGAAAAUCGAUGAGGUCCUUGAGGAUGCUGUUGAGUUUGCAGAUAAGAGCCCUCAUCCACCCCGUAGCCAGCUUCUAGAGAAUGUGUUUGCUGAUCCAAAAGGUUUUGGAAUUGGACCAGAUGGAAGGUAUAGAUGUGAGGAUCCAAAAUUCACUCAAGGCACUGCUCAUGUCUAAAUCUUUUCUAAUCUAUCUGCUUCCCACUUUCAGUUUUGUAUGAAUGUUCUUAUUCAUAUGUUUAUUAGUGAUCAAAUGUUACUCACAGAAUGCGUUACAUUACAUUGUCUAAUAUAAACAGGAUUUGUUCUUUAGUUUGGAAAUUUGUUUUUUUUUUCGUGUCUUAUAUUUAUCAGUGUGGAACUAGUGUCAGGAAUGACAAUCUCCAAAGUUUGAUUAAGACCUCUAUGAACAGUGUAAAAUAAAUUUUUUGUUU